UGUCUGCUCGACACAACUGGUUCCUCUCGAGCCACAUCAAGACACGUUCGUUAUCUGACAUGGCAUGUCUUCGGGCGAUAUGAUCAAGCUCUGAGAAGUGUUGUGUUCCCUUGUUGCUUAUCAAAGGGGUCUUUAGAAAUGGACGCCAAUCCAGCGCGAUCAACAAGGUGAAGACAAAGCACCGCUCGGCUGGCCGGUGGUCUCUUUCACCCGCAAUCACUUUCCAUUGUUCUCGUAUUGUCCACAAGAGUGACGCAAUCUGUAUGGCAGUCUUUAUUGUGCCAUUGUCCUAUUGUCCUCUUUUUCAAUUGUUUCUCGCACGUAUAUACCUUUCUCUUCUUCUCCCAAACUUUCUCUUCCCAGAAAGCACGACGAUAUCAAUCAAUCACUCACACAGCCGAACACACACUUUCGUCACCGCACAAAUCCAAGCAUGAGUCUCCACCAGUCCUUCGGUAUGGAUCCUAGGGAUGUCGCCAACGACUAUGCCCUGCAGUUUCUAGAUAAUCUAUCAUUGGAAACAGAGGUCCAAGUCCCUUACCCGGUUCAGAAUCAUCCCGACUGGACCACGAUCCCUUUCACUGGCGUGGGUAUCCCAGCUACUUUCGACAGCCAGAUCCGUCUCACAAAUCCGCUCCUCGAGCCAGUUCUCUAUGCUGCAGCAGUCGACACCAUCCGCAUGACGAACUAUUACUUCAACUUGGUUGGUCAGUACAACGAAGGUCCACUCACCGAAGAGCACGUGAUAGAGAUGCAGCGACUCUGGCCGAGUACAGUCCGCCCAGAUGGCAAGCGCGUGGGUCUCUUUCCGGUAGAUGAGUACCCCUUGCCACCGGACGGCCGUAUCUUGUACGUGAAGGAGGCCAUGGGUGAUCCUACGGACAGACUGGCCGCCGUUCUGUGGAUCCGGGCUUGCAGAAGCGUUACCAGAAUGAAUGAUUCCGAAUGGAACCGCUAUCUGACCUACACGCGCAACCAUCUUAUCGAGAUGGCGGAGAAGCGAGAGGGGAACGAUGGUUCAUGGCUGAUCCUCGAGCUCUUCAAGCGCUAUCUGGUGUGGCAUGAGCUGGUCAUGGGAGUUUCGGAGCGAGCUCGGUAUUUCGAAGACGAACAGCCAUCAGCGGAUGAGCUGGAAGAAUUCUUCGACAGAGACAGUGUGAAGGAGAAGGGCGCUACUCUGGUCGAAAUCUGCCACGCUUUUCCAAAUGCGAGGGAUGUGCAGGUGCUGGUAUACCGCGUUGAGCAUUUUGCAACGCUCACUCCUCAGCCCUCCGUCAAGACAGCACUGCAAAUCGAUGACCCUGUCGAGAGCAGAUACAUUCGCAAGCCCAUCCCGUCAGAGCAAGGCAUCAAGGCAACUGUGGCAAACAUUCUUCACAGCAGCAGCGAUUCAGUCUCAUAUUCCGAGUUGGCUGGGCAUUACUGGCCAUCCACAGACACCAGGAGACUUGUGGCUAGCGUUCUCAACACCAUGGCACGCAAGGAUGUGACGACCGGCAAUUUCAUACUCCCCGACGAUGGGCCAUCCGUCGAAGAGAUCCAAAGCAAGUUGACCGACUUAGACGCCCUCACUGGCUUCACACUCACAGAGCUAGCCGGACGCCUUCCAAACCGCGUGUCGAACUUGGACCAGCUCUUGCAGAACACCGAUGGCUUCGUUUACUUCGACCAUGCAGAGAACCUGUACUUCACCCAUUACAUCGAUCAACCAGAAGAAGAGACCCUCAUCUUAUCCGGCGAAGAUAGCAUCACACAUCACAACCAAGCACGCAUUAGCCAUCCCGACUACAUAAGGGAUGUGACAACCGGUCGCUACGUACUGAGGACUGAGCAGUCGCCACUGAGCGACAUCACCGGCAACGAAACACGGCCCGACGACAGCUCCUCAUCACUUCCUGAGCUGGCCAGUACUAUUGAUUGGUCAUCACCGUCGCCGCCGGAGGCGGUGAACUCGUUGCACGUUCCUGUGGCGACUGUGGAGACAGUGCCUGUUGACCCGCCUGCCACUCGCAACACACUGCAGAUCGGAGUCUUUGCCACCAUCGAGACCACACCCGUGGUACCGCCGGCGGCAGCUGUACCGCCGACGGCAGCCACGGGUAGUGCCGUGACGCCUGCCGGGGAGUCCGCUCCCACUGAGCCAAGGGGAGGUGGUAGGCCACCAAAGCGGGGAGCGACAGAGCCCCCUGAGUCGAAGGGCACCAAAAAACCACGCAAAAACCCCAAGAUCCAGUGCUCCGCAAGGACACUGAAGAACAAGAGGUGCAAGAAGCAGAAAGACCGCGAAGCUGGGGAUGAGGAUUGGCACUGUGCGGUGCACAAGCAGAACUGAUUGUUCACCACGUUUGAGGAACCCAGAACUAUCUGGCGCAUUGAGCAAUGGUAGAUAGUCAGAUUGAACUUGA